AUGGUUCAUAUCGUCCUUCGCUUUCUUCUGAGUAAUUUUUGGAGGUAUACGGUGUGUUCUCUCCUCUACAAUUUUGGAGCGUUUCUCUUUUGGAUAGUCGUCCCUCUUCUUGCCACACAACAAGGAGCCACCAACUUAGAUUUGGCUAUUAUCAAUGCGGUGAAUUAUGGAAGUUGUUUUUUGUUGUCGUGGUUGUGUGGGUUUAUCAACGAUCAAAUAGCGGGGUGGAUAUUAGUAAGAAUAGGUGUUGUGAUAUAUAUAGCCGCGUGCAUUUUGUUAAUGUUUGUCAACAACAAUUUGUGGAUUUUGUGGAUUAUGGCCAUAAUGUAUGCCAUUUCGUACGUUUUCUUUUGGGUACCUAUUCAGUGUUCAAUCUCACGAGAAAGUGAUCCAGUCGAUGCAGACUUUUGGUUAGGAGUGUUUUCGGGGUCUUGGACUUUUGGACAAGCUGUUGGGUACUUAUGUGGUGCGUUUUUAUUUACAAAGUUAGGAGUUGUUCAGUCCCUAUCUAUUUCUAUAGCUUCGUUAUCUUUAAUAUUAUUCUUAUAUCCCUGUUGGGAAGGAACAACAGUUUUUGGUGUUGAUUUGAAUUGGAAAAAGAAGACGAGUGAACAACAAAAGGAGCGAAUAGGAGUUAUAACGAUGGGGAAAAAAGAGCGACACCGAUUAAAGAAGAGAAUGAUGCAAUAUCUCGUACCUGCUUUUUUGUGUUCUAUUGGGUGUUAUGGGACUGUUUUAGCCUAUGGGUCACAAUACUUUAAUCGAGUGUAUGGGACGAAAGACGCCUUUUUCCCUUCGAUGAAAGAUAGUGCAAGUAAAUAUGAUAUCUUCAUUGGAGUCUUCUUCUUCGUUGUGUUUUUAAUGUUCACAAUUGGAUUUAUCAGUGUUGCCAACUUCAAAUUUCUCUUUUUCAAUCGGUGGAAUAUGAUAGUCUUCCUCAUAAUAUCGACAGCAGUACAUUUCAUAGCAGGCGCAGUCUCAAAUUGGAUUGUACAAUUAGUAUGUGGGAUGAUGAUGGGGUUCUGUGCUGCUUAUGCGUCACAGAAUCUCCUUGUGACGACAUCGAAACUGUCUUUAUUGACGUCAAGAAUGUCGAGUGUGUAUGUUGGAUUACAAGAGUCGUUGACAUUCAAUUUGGUCGCUUUUGCACUUCCAUUGAUAGUAGGUCCCAUUUCCGACGCAUUGAAUGACUAUAGAGUACCAAUGUUUGGGUGUUCUGUUGUGUGUGUGUUAGCUAUUUGUAUGUUAGAAGUUAUCUGGCAGAUGUAUGAUAUCUUAGUGAUUCAGAAGAUGGACAAAGAGGACAAAAUGCGUGUAGAUGUCUUGUUUAACAAGAUAACAACAACACAGAAAUGUUCUAUUUUAAGUAGAAAUGGUGAAGAGUUUGAAAAGUACAGUCGUGCGAAUUGGUUCACGUGGAAACAAUACAACUUGAUGACAAAGAAAUUAAAAAACAAAAUGAAGUGUGUAGGAAGUGAAUCCAACACUGCCACUUCAUCAAGUUCUCUUCAAGAAAGCACCAAUUGA